GGUUAUCCGUUCUGCUUACUCGUUUUCUUUUCUGCGUAAUCGCUAAGCAUCCUAAGCAUAGGAAAUUUUGCCCUCCUUUAUUUCGAAGUCACUUCGAAAACCCUAAACCUAUCUCCAGCUUCAACCAAGCCUUGAAUUCGUUUUGAUUUUCUCAUCGAAGAUCGUCGUUUACUUCUAUCUUAAUCUAAAUCGAUGGCGGCUAAACCACUUACAAGUGAAACGAUCGCCCUCACAGAAAAGAAAAUGGACAUGACUCUGGAUGAUAUCAUAAAAAUGUCAAAAAAUACUUCAAACAAGGGCAAGAAGCCACAAAGAAUACCGAAUAAAAGUCAGAGGCCUGGGAGUAAUGCUGCUAAAGAUAAGGCUUUCAAAGUACGGCAGUACAUGGACUCGCGGGCAUCUCUUAGACAGGGGGCUCUAGCUCAAAGAAGGUCUAAUUUCCAGGGGAACGGGUUUCCUUUUGCAGCUGAGGCUGCCCGAAGGGCUGCAGUUGCUCCAAUUCGGAAUAGAGCUUUUGAUAGUAGCAGGGUGGCUAAUUUGAACAAACCAAGGAUAGGAGCGCCACCUUUCCAAAGAAGGGUUGGAAAUGGAGGCUUUGCAGUGAAGCCACGGCGGCCGCUGCAGCAACAGCAACAUAACCAGCAGCAACGAGAGCGACAAGGGAACACGGAAACAAAGCAAAAGCCUAAAACAUUGGAUUCCAUGUUUGCCAGCAUGAAGGAAGAGAGAAUGAAGGUAUUUUCUUCACAACAGAACAGCAAUGUACCAGCCGACGGUGGUGGGAGGCAAAGAAGGCCGUGGGGAAGAGGCCGAUUUGUCAAGUGAUGUGUUGGAUAUCUUUACGUAUGUUAGGAUUUCUUCGAUGAUGUUUUUGUCUUGGUUUUUCACUAGCGGCUUUUUAAUGUUGGGAAAUGUGAUAAAUGCAGAAGGUUCAACUGAAAACUAGGUGUGUGUAUGUUGCUUUUCUUCAAUUGCUCGUAUUUGUUCUUUGAAACUAUUCCUCUUAGUAAUGCAUUAAUGGUGUUUGUAGUCGAA